CAAAGAGUAUGGCACUGUUUGUUUGGUAGUUGAUACUUGGUAGUGUUACGUAUUAUCGUUCUGUCUCAUCAUGCGUGGAAGUUUAUUUUUUUUUUUGUAAUUGCGCGAGCGUAUAAAAGCUUCAGUACACUUCAUCCUAAGCAUUCAGUUUUUCCGUGAAUACAAACCGCCGAACAUGUCUACCUUCGCCUUUUUACUUCUCUGCUUCCAAGCCUGCUUGAUCCAGAAUGUAUACACGCAGUGUCAUGGUUCUUAUGGACCUAGCAUAGGUAGGCCUAUUAGCUGGGAAGGUGGUCAAAUCAGUACCGGUUGCGGCCGCGGCCUCGCUGGUCUAAUUGACGGUUCACUUGCCUCUCCACAAUAUGCUUCGCUUGUUGGUCCUUCCACUGCUGCCUACGGCGGCACUGGUGUUGGUGACGUAGCCGUCGCUGGAGAGAUGGGUGUCGCUGGUACCACUCUAGUCACAGGUCAAGUGCCAAUACUUGGUGCUGUAGAGUUCGGCGGUGUGGUGCCUGCUUGUGGAACUGUCUCCAUCACCGGUAGCUGCGGUUGUGGAUGUCAUAGUCACUAAAUAUUUUACUGAUUCUUGAUAUCAAAUGAAUAAAUGGAAUAAAAUUAA